AUGUGGCGCUUUGGCUUAUGUUUAAUAUGUAUCACGGUUGGCGUAUCUGCACACAAAUUAAACGUCGAUCAAGCCAUGGUAAAUCAUCAAGUGGUACCUGAUGUAAUACCCGUUGCUCCAAAAGAAAUUAUACAAGUAAAUUAUUCUAAUGGCGAGAAAGCAUUACUUGGCAAUGAACUUACACCUACUAAGGUGAAAGACCAGCCGUCAGUUAGUUGGAAUGCUGAUCCUAAUUCAUUUUAUACGCUAUGUUUGAUCGAUCCUGAUGCGCCAAGUCGUGCUGAACCUACAAGUAGAGAAUGGCAUCAUUGGUUAGUAGGAAACAUACCUGGUGGAAAUGUGAGCCUGGGAGAAACACUUUCCGGAUACGUAGGUUCUGGACCUCCACCAAAAACCGGGUUACAUCGAUACGUGUUUUUAGUAUUCAAGCAACCGUCAAAACUGUCAUUCGAUGAGCCGCGUAUAAGCAAUAAAUCUGCCGAAAACCGUGACAAAUUUUCAAUCAAUAAAUUUGCAUUGAAGUACAAUUUAGGAACACCUGUGGCUGGUAAUUUUUAUCAAGCUCAGUACGAUGAUUAUGUUCCAAUUCUAUACCAACAAUUUGGAGUCAAUUAA